AUGGACUCACAUCAAGCCGUCGUGAGCAAAAUCGCCUUGACCGUUCAGCAGUUCUUUGCUCAAAACGAGCCAUUCCGCAUCUACCAUGGGUCGACCAACAGCACACGACCUGCCCAUGACGCGCGGGUCGUGGACAUCAGCGGACUCAACAGAGUCCUGACGAUCGACGAGGGUUCGCGGAUCGCCGUGGUCGAGCCAAAUGUUUCCAUGGACAUAUUGGUCCAAGCCACGCUGGCCCGUGGCCUGAUCCCGCCGGUAGUGAUGGAGUUCCCCGGCAUCACCGUCGGUGGAGGCUUUGCCGGCAGCGCAGGGGAGAGCAGCUCAUUUCGGUACGGGUACUUUGACCAGACCGUGAAGUCCAUCGAGAUGGUUCUGGCAACAGGAGAGGUCGUGCAGGCAUCGCCUUCGCAAAACCCGGACCUGUUCCGCGGCGCGGCCGGGACUGCAGGAACCCUCGGUAUCGUGACGAAGCUGGAACUCACCCUCAUCCCGGCUAGAAAAUAUGUCAAGGUGGAAUACCGCCGACACAACACCGUGAAUGACACAAUCUCAGCGGUCAAGCAAGCCACGGAAGACCAAUUGAACGACUACGUCGACGGCAUCCUCUUUGCUCCCAACUUCGGCGUCGUGAUGACAGGCCAGCUGACCGACGAGAUCCCAAUGGGUGUCCGCCCGCAAACCUUCAGCGGCCGCCGGGACCCCUGGUUCUACCUCCACGCCAGGAAGCGCGCAGAGUUCCAGCACGGCGGGGCACAAAAUGCGCCACCCACAGACUAUAUCCCCCUCCCAGAGUACUUGUUCCGCUACGACCGCGGCGGUUUUUGGGUUGGCGCCGAGGCCUUUGCCUACUUCCCCUUUGUUCCCUUCAACCGGUUGACUCGUUGGUUCCUCAACGACUUCAUGCACACGCGCAUGCUCUACCGCGCGCUGCAAGGGAGCAACCUGUCGUUUGGCCAUAUGGUGCAAGACCUUUCGCUCCCCUACGGUACGGCCGAGGCCUUCAUCGACUACACGGCGGAAAAGUUCAACAUCUGGCCGCUGUGGCUGUGCCCGCUCAAGGCUAUCGAGCGGCCUACCUUCCACCCUUCAUAUUGCGGCCCGGGUGGUGAUGGGCCGCCGCAGCCGAUGGUCAACAUCGGUUUGUGGGGAGCCGCCUCCAACGAUGUCGAGGAGUUUGUGCGCCAGAACAGAGAGCUAGAGAUGAAGUUGACACAGCUCGGAGGGCGGAAAGUUCUCUACUCGCACACCUACUACACGGAGGAGGAGUUCUGGGGCUUGUAUGACAAGGGCUGGUAUGACGGUUUGAGAGAGAAGUACGGGGCGACGACUUUGCCCAGCUUGUACGACAAGGUGCACGUCGACGCUCGGAAAGCGAGAGGGAGGAACAGGGGCAGGGGCGGUUGGAUGAGGCGGAUUGCGGGCAUCUGGCCUCUUCCAGGGCUUAUUGGUAUUGUUUGGGCUAUCCGGAGUAAGGAGUACUUGAUUCACAGACAGCCAUGUUGGACAUAUUGGCAGGGGGUCGAGGCGUCAGCUCGACGAGACGCAAAAAGCUGA